AUGUCGCCAAAUGACUACACAUUAUUUCCCAUCUACUGCACCGCAGAUGUGCCCACCAGUACACCGCCACGCACCCCACCCACGGAACCUUUCACCUCGCCGUACGCCGGCAUGGCCCCGCAAGAUCUGAUCCAGAUCUUCACAGCACAGCUUAGUGGGGCGGCCACCACCCAUUACAACAAGACCUACUUCGCCAUCCUGGAUGAGCGGACCCUUCAGGACGAGAGCGCCCUCCUGGUGGCGCUGAAGAAGGACGAUGGAGCAAACGGGUUCGAGACGGUCAGAGUGACCUUUGAGCAGGUCCAGAAGCUCCUGAUCGCUUGGGAUGUGGCGUGCGGGAGCGUUGAGGAGGUGCAGGCCAUCGCACAGACGCAACCGGGAGGUGUUUAUGGGAGGACUCCUUCUCCUGCCAGCCCACCUGUUCUCGAGGGUCGUCCGGCACCGAGGAAAAGAUUGGGUGGAGGGAUAUGA